AUGGCGGCUAUGUAUGAGCUCCCGAAGCGAUUGAUAUAUUUUUUGGUCUUGCUGAUUGUUUGUGUGUCAUUCUAUCCCGCUAAAGAUGGUUAUGUUGAUAAGAGGUCGCAUCCAUGGAAUAUUGGUAUUAGCGUUGCUUUAAACCUUACUAAAAUCGAGAUUGUUGAUGCCCCUAUGAGACCAACCAAAACCAGCAUUGCGAAGUCAGCUGUUCCUUUCGAUGUAAAGUUGGUAAGAUCGAUUAAACUUGUCACCCAGUUUGCUGCUGUUAAUGUUCUUAUUGUGUGUAAUGAUAUUGACUUAAACCCUGGCCCUGCGAAUGAGACAUUGGUCUGCACUGCGUGUUUAAAACCUAUAGGCAAAAAUCAACCGCGGGCGGAAUGUUUAAGAUGUAAAUCAGUAAAUCAUUUGAAAUGUCUUGAAUCGAGUUUUGAUAUAAACCGAACCUGCAAGCAAUGUUUCGUAGGAAUGAAUGGCAAUAUUAACAACGAUAACGAUGAUUACUGUUCUCAAGUGACAACGGAAAUGAAUGAUAUAUUUCGGGGCUCAGGUGUUAAAAUAGUCCAUCAAAAUAUUCGCAGCUUGUUACCUAAGAUUGAUGAGCUUCGUUUGCUCAUAUCUAGUGUUCAGUCAAAAAUUGAUUUGUUUACACUGUCCGAAACCUGGCUUACGGAUGAUGUUGCUGACUCAGAAGUUAGUAUUGAAGGAUAUACUUUCCAUAGAAGAGAUAGAGGUUCUAAAGAGAAAGGUGGGGGACUUGGAAUUUAUGUUAGGAACGAUUUGUCGGUAAGCAGAAGGUUUGAUUUAGAGCAGUCGAAUAUUGAAAGUCUAUGGGUAGAAGUUAAUUUCCCUCACUCUCGCGGAUUUUUGGUUGGUACAUUUUAUCAACCUCCUGAGUCUUCUCGAUACUAUAAUGAUGCAUUUAUGGAUCAUUUUGAAGAUAGUGCUGAGAAAGCCAUAUCUAAUAAUAAGGAAGUUAUUCUGUUGGGGGAUUUUAACUGUAAUUUGGCAAAGGGCUCAUUGAAUGGUAACGGCAAACGGUUAACCUCGACACUCAGAAGUCUAGGGUUCUGUCAGCUGAUCAAGGAGGUUACUAGAAUAACUGCCUGGUCCGCCACAUUAUUAGAUUUGAUAGCGACAAACAACGAAAGGUUUAUUAGUAAAUCUGGAGUACUUAAUGCUUGUCUUAGUGACCAUGACUUAGUAUAUUGUAUCAGAAAAAUGAAUUGUAAGCGAUCAUCUGGACAGACUAAGUCUUUUAGAAAUUAUGUAAGAUAUAAUAGCUCGGCUUUUUGUAAUGACCUACGAGGGAUCGAUUGGGAGAAGCAAAUGAAUUCGAUUUUGCCAGAAAGACCGAAUGCGAAUUUAAGUGUGAUUGAUCGAAUGUAG